GCGGAGUGGGGGGGAGGGGGUGCUUCCUACUACUUCUUAUGUACCUUCUUUCUUUACAGUUCAGUAUGGAUGAAGACUUUGCGGCCGCGAACAAACUUCUUUUCCCGGUGAAGGAAUAAACCGCGCAGCGCGAUGGCGCAGCGGCCGCGAGCUUAGGGCGUUCAGAGGGAGCGUUCAGGCGCCGGAGGAGCUUCAGCCCCGCAGGAAACCAACAAAAGGAUGUUUCACUGAAUUCACGGCCCUGGAAAAUAAACGCAGUUGUGCAGAGUGAAGGUAUAAAAGCAAUGUUUACCAUUACUUUUAUACCUUGGAGCACCUGAAGAGUCUGCUGAACCUGCAGGAAGGCCAAAACUAUCUGCCACCACCACUUUAGACCUGACCACCUCCACCCCACAACAUUAUUAUCCCCAUCAUCUUGGACUUCUCAGUGCAGCUGCCACAGCAUCACAAUAUGAACAGAUAGUCCCAUUAACACCUCCUGGAGAGCACAGUGAGACUAGCCAUACAGGAAGGCCCUCUGGCAGAACCAGCGCUUGGGAGAAGCAGCGAUCUUCAGGGCCGUUUGGGAGAUGUUUCGGAAAAAAGCAUCUUCCUCCUUGAGAAUGAGAAGGAUAACAGAAAGCACUAGAUGGAGCAUAGACCGUGGGCGAAGCUUAUCCUUCCACGAGGUUUGUGGCCAGCGUGAGGUAGAGAUGAGGGCCGCAGCCGAAGAGUCGUCCAACAGCAGCAGCAGUGUGGGAGGUGGGGGCAGCACAGUCCUGCAGCGCCUCUUGCAGGAGCAAAUGAACCGGAAUUAUGUGCUGCAACAGCAGCAACAGCAGCAACAAGGUGGGGGAGGAAGUGGUGGAGCAGGAGGGGGAGGUGGAGGAGGUUACUCUGUACAGGGACAGGUGGGUCCAUCCGAUGAUCAUUCCAUGAGCCCCCACAUUGCCCGACAGGAGCCACAGGGACAGGAGUUGCAGACAGAUAGCGGCCUGGAGAAGCUGGGCUCCUCCAGAACUGGAGGAGGGGGUGGGAGCAGCGGAGGAGGGGGAGGCGGAGGCGGAGGAGGUAGCAGUGGUGGUGGGAGCAGCCAAGGGCAGUGCCCCAACUCAGAAGACCUUCCUACAUAUGAAGAGGCCAAAGUGCAGUCACAAUACUUUCGUGGCCAUGGUCCUCCACCUCAGCCUCAGCAGCAGAAUAACCAGCCUCAGCAGUCUCCACUACAAGCGUCAGUGGGGGCCGCCUUCUAUGUCACUGGGGUGAGCAGUGCCAAGGUCCGUACUGAGGGUCGCCCCACAGUACAACGAGUAAGUGGCACAGGGAAGGUCCACCAAGAUGAUGGACUGAAGGAUCUGAAGCAAGGACAUGUUCGGUCUCUCAGUGAGCGACUUAUGCAGCUCUCAUUGGCCACCAGUGGAGUCAAGGCUCAUGCUCCUGUCACUAGCGCCCCGCUUUCUCCCCAGCUGCCCCCUCCAGGGCCACCUGGUGACUACUACAAGACUCAGCAUCGUGGUCCACCGCCUGACUACCCAUUCAAGGGAAUGGGUUCUCCUACCAAGCAGCAGGAGCCUGGAAGCCAUUUUUACCAGGAGCAAAGAGGAAGGGAACACUCCAGGGAGGUGCCUCACGUCCGAUACCAGCCCCCACCUGAGUACGGCUCAUUCAGGUCCAGUAAGGAGGGCUUAGUUCACACCCAUCGGGCCCUUCACCAGCACAGUCCCACCUCCUCUGUCACCUCGGUGGGCUCCUUAUCUCGUACUCAAUCCUCCACUCUUAGCAGCAUGCUGAGUGCCUCCCACUCCUCUCAUCCUUCAUUCCCUCAUCAGCAACCUCAGAACCAGGGAGAGCCCUUACUCAGCACUGGCCCUCGUAGUCCACAAACUACUGGCUCCCACCAAUUAGCUGAACCUUUUAUGUCAGGGUCUGUUCACCCAGCACAACAAAGGAGCCAUGGUUUUCCUCCUGACCCCUACGGCUCCACACCAAGGAUGCACCAUCAGCAGCAGCAGGCGCACCAUUUUUACCAGCAACAGCAACAACAGCAGUUCCAAGGACCUCCCCAACCCCAGGUGUCGGUCCAUUCUGGACCUUUCCCCCUGGCACACUCCUACUCCCACCUGCAAGGGGAACCCUUUGCAAUGAUGGCCCGUGCCCAGCAGAUGGUAGAUAUGCUGACAGAGGAGAACAGGAUGUUAAGACAGGAAAUGGAGGCCUGUCGCGAAAAAGUAACUAAACUACAAAAGUUGGAAUCGGAGAUCCAGCUGGUCUCAGAGGCCUAUGAAAACCUUGCCAAGUCCUCCUCCAAAAGGGAGGCCCUGGAAAAAACUAUGAGGAACAAGCUAGAGCUAGAGGUGCGCCGGCUGCAUGACUUCAACAGAGACCUCCGAGAGCGCAUGGAGACAGCAAAUAAGCAGCUUGCUGCUAAGGAGUGUGACGGCUCAGAGGACAACCGUAAAACCAUCUCCCAGCUUCUGGCACAGAACAAAGAAACACUGCGUGAGAAGGAGAAGCUGGAGAUGGAACUCAAUGCGCUACGAUCGACCACAGAGGACCAGAGAAGGCACAUCGAGAUCAGAGACCAGGCACUGAACAAUGCCCAGGCCAAAGUGGUCAAAUUAGAGGAGGAGCUGAAGAAGAAGCAGGUUUACGUGGAGAAGGUAGAGCGAAUGCAGCAGGCUCUGGCUCAGCUCCAAGCAGCCUGCGAGAAGCGAGAACAGCUUGAACACCGACUUCGUACAAGGCUGGAGAGAGAGCUGGAGUCUCUGCGUAUGCAACAGCGUCAGGGAGGCUCUCAAACCAGUGGUGCGAUCUCAUCAGAAUACAACACCACAGCCCUAAUGGAGCACCUGAGGGAAAAGGAGGAGCGGAUUCUAGCUCUGGAGGCUGACAUGACCAAGUGGGAGCAGAAAUACUUGGAGGAAAGUGUAAUGAGGCAGUUUGCCCUGGAUGCUGCUGCAUCUGUUGCUACACAGAGGGAUACAUCUGCUACGAUGAUAAGCCACUCUCCUAGCAGCAGCUAUGAUACAUCAGUGGAGGCUCGAAUCCAGAAGGAAGAAGAGGAAAUUCUUAUGGCCAAUCGACGCUGUCUGGACAUGGAAAGCAGGAUUAAGAAUCUCCAUGCGCAGAUCAUUGAGAAGGAUGCCAUGAUCAAGGUACUCCAUCAGCGCUCCAGGAAGGACCCCAUUAAGUCUGAUACACCAUCUGCCAUGAGGCCCUCCAAGUCCCUGAUGUCCAUCUCCAACACUGGCUCAGGUGGUUCUGGGUUGCUCUCUCACAGCUUGGGACUGAGUAGUUCACCAAUCACGGAAGAACGUAAGGACACAAGUUGGAAGGGCAGUCUGGGGGUUUUGCUGGGUCCUGAGUUUCGCACUGAGUCUCUCAGGACAGAGUCGAUGUCAUCAUCCCCCUCCCCAGUACUUCCUUCUACACCAAUGACUGCAGGCCACUCAAAGACAGGCAGCAGAGACAGCUACACACAGACCGACAAGGGUCACGGUCAGGACACCAGCAAGCCCAGCACUCCAGCCCUGCAGAGCAUGACACUGCCAGCUCGCCUGUCCAGCCCCAGCCCCGUCUACAUCCCUGACCGCAUAGCAGAUGUACAGGCGUUUCACAGCAGCACCCUGGAACGUAGGCUCCCCAUCCAGUCCCACCCUCAGCAUCAGCCAGCUCCUCCAGCAUCGUCUACUCAACAAGAAGCAGACACAGAUAUGGUGGAGAUCCUCAUCUGACCACAUGAUUUUUGGAAGGAAAAAAAAAAAAGCAAUCAUUCAAAUGAAUGGCAGCUCUAUCAGAAAGAACAUGACAAGUAAACUAUUCUGACUCACCUGGCAGGCCUGCAGCUCUGUUUGUGUUGAUACCAUUGUGUUUACAAGCACACUCAUUCAGACACUUCCACACUGGCUGGAGUCGUCACACAUCGCCUUCAUUCCUUCACUGAAUCAUUUUUAACAACAUCUUAAAAGGAAAUGAGUCCAAAGCAAAAAGUAGAGUUUCAACAUCCCGCUGCUCUUCUUAGCGAGUGGAUUUUUCCUAAAUGUGAGUCUAAAUUAAACGGUGACUGGAAUUUAAAAAAUGUCACUGAUCACUUAUUUUUUUCAGUGAUACUUUAUAAAAUUUGCGCUGCUAUGUUCACAGCGAUGGUGAGAGUUUACUUGGUGUUGAGUGAAAGUUUAGUAACUUGACAUAAUUUUAAAGAGGAGGGGACAAAGUUGAAAGCCAAACUCCUUGUCAUAUUAUGGAUGCAUCCAUGCACAUUUAGUUAGCUUUUUGGACAAUAACUUUUUUUUUUUUGUAAAUUUGCUUAAAUGUGCAUAACUGUAUUUUUAGCUGCACCUGUAAGGUCAAAUAUUUUAGAUUUAGUCACUCUCUUGGUGUGACCACCUGCUUUCAGUGUUUCAGUGUUACUGUUAAUGAGUAAUUACAUUAGUGUAUGGCACCAGCACAUUUUGAAACACUUGCCAAGCUUAGCAUGUAAUUUUUUUCCAUUGCAACUUGCAAGCCGGUAAUGUUGGAGAAAAUCUGUAAGAGACAGAAGCUUGUUCCUGCUCCAGCUCUAAAAGCUAAGGUUCUAUGGAGGCUGAUGGAGGUUAGCUUCAUUGUACUGGCUGUUGCAUUUAUUGCACUUCUUGAAUUUUAGGAGCUUUGUUUUCUUGCUUACCCUUAAAUUGCCUGAAAUUAGUUUUAUAUGUAAUCGUUUUUUAAUUUUUUUGCGCUUAUGGCAUUUGGUUAAUUAGAAUUAAUGUAAACUAUUAUGCUUAAAACAUUUUAACCAUUUAAAUUCAUGUAUCUAUAAUGGCCUGUGUACCGUAAUGAGAGCUCAGUGUUUCAGCUGUGUUAUAUUUACAGAGCUCUUGUAAGUUGUAGUUUAGUGCAAAGUUGACUGGUGUUGCAGUUGUCAUGUUUGGCAUGUGCACAAUCAUCAAAUGCUUACUUUUAACAAGAUUCUUGGAAGUUGGUGUCAGUGACUUUGGUAGCAUAUUAACUGUAGGCAGGCAAAUUUCUCUGAGCAAAACGUUCUGAUUUUGCUUUUUAAUUCUUGACCGAUUUCUCAACACUGCAGCAUGUUAAUUGCAUGUAAACUUUUAUGUUCAUUAGGAUGGAAACUAUGGGUUUUGUAAACAUUUGUUGCCACUGAAAGCAAAAAAUGUUUGCAUGUAAUUUUCUUAACAUUUCUUACCAUUUUAUUUUACCUGUCAUGCAUUUGAAUAUAUACUUGGAUGAUUUAUUUUGAAAGCACAAAAACUGUGUGAAGCAGAGAGAGAUUCAUCAGUUUCUAAUUAAUGACCAGAGUAGUAAGUUUUCUUCCUGUAGUGCUUUGGUACAGUUGUUGUGAUUUGGCGCUAUAUAAAUCAAACUGAAUUGAAGUUAAAGUGCUAUUCGAGUAAGUCAGUAAACACUUACUGAAGUGUCCCCUGAUGGUACACUGGGGAUCUAAACAGGCUAACACUUCAUCAUGCCCACGUCAUGCAGGUCAUCGUUUCAUAUUUUGGGAACUUGGUUUCAGAAACAUGCCACUCUGGCCUUUGACCUCAGCAGCAAGUGGGAAGUGAGAACCUGACAGUUUUGUUUAGCUUUCAUCAUUUCAUGGCCUCCCUGGUCGGAGUCCCUCUGAUUUCUCUUCUAUCAGAGACGAUAAUCAAAAAAAUUUCAAAGAAAUAGAAGGAAACCUUUUGUUAUUUCGUUCACCAUUUCACACCCUGUAGUUUAAGAGUAUGUGGAGGUUUAUUCUUUAGUACAAUGCAAAUCAUUUCGCACAAGUGGCAUGUACGUUCAUUUUUUUAAAAAAAGAAUAUUUAUAUUUUUUCACACUUGUAUUACCAGACCUGUCCUACAGCUGACUGCAAAUGACACAAGAAUGGUUCUGUGCUUAAAUAUAACAUAAAAUGCACCAAUGGAAACCUCUGCUUUUAAUGCAUCUACAUAUGGUAAAUGGACUAGUUCUUAUAUAGCGCUUUUCUACUCAAAUAUGAGCACUCAAAGCGCUUACACAACACGUUUACAUUUACCCCAUGCACACGCAUUCAUAUAAGCACUUC